CCACGACCCACCUCCACUCUACUUCUCCAUUUGAAUAUUGUUGCAUCAUAUCUCUCUUUCAUUCUACAAAUGAAACGCCACCAUCAUCGACGAACGAUCACCUACACCACCAUCAACGGCUACUACGUCCACCACCAUCUCGCUAUCCUCGGCCAGCAACGAGCCAAAACACUCUCUUCUGUUCCUUCCUAUCUAUCUCUGUAUCUCUCUUGAAUACCACUGCACCACCUCGAUUUAGGGUUUUAGUUUUUUGAUUUGGUACCAUCAUCUAACUCCCUAUUUAGUGGUGAUGAUUUGUCACAGUUACAAGGAGUGAAAUCAGGGCAAUUUCGAUCAACCAUACCUACAUAAGUUUUCUCUAUCAUGGACUCAUGGUUCAGCUUUCUCAAUUUCUUACAAGAAAGGGAGCAUCAGUUGACAAUGGAGGGCACAAUGUUGGAAAAACCAUAAAAAGCCAAACUUUGUGGUUGACACAACUAUCCAAUGGCAGAAUCAGUUAAUUUACCAUUUAUUUGUCCCACAAACUCAAGGAGAGUAUGUAUCCUUGGUCCUAUAAGAAAGUUAUGUUGAGUUCCUGACUGUAUUCAAGUUCACAAUUUGUUCUUUUGAUGAAAAUGGUAUUUUGUAAAAUAGUUAUUUGUUUUUACUACAGACACUUCCAAAUAUUGGGAUGAUAAAUUGUCAAAUCUAUAAAAGACGAAAGAACUGCACCUGCAAACAGUUUGUUAUGCUCAAAUCCGGCAGAUGUGUGUGUAUGUGAUUAACAGGUGGUAGGAGCUAGCUUACAAUGUUCUAGAAUAGUCAAAUGCUGAUUGGGAUGGUUUGUUGUUUUGAGGGAUGAAAGAAUCUGUUACUUAGGGAAAUAUUUGUCAAGCAGGGCCGUGUAUAUGUGACUGUGUAUGGCUAUAAUUGAUGAUUUCAUUCAGGCCUGGUCCAAGCGUAGGGCGACUUGGCGACCUGGGCCACCGCCCAGGGCAUCACUAUGCAAUAAUCACGCCCAAAAUCAAAAAUCGAUUGUCCUGAGUCUUGCAAGCAAAGGUCUUACAUGUGCAGAUUUUCAAAUUGGAGUUAUUUUUUUGGCUGACGUUGAUAAUGCUAAAUCACUGGUGAUGAAGCUUUGUAAUAUUUACAAUUGAUUUCUUGAUUGUGUUCAUCUAUUUUUCUUUCUUGUAUUUUUUCCGGUUUUGCUAGCUAUCUUUUUGUACAGGU